AUGUUGUUUCUAUCUAUAGCGGGCCUUGUCGGCCUGAGUUAUGCUGCAACCCAGCAAGUCCUCCAGCCGGAACACUCUGACGGCUUCCAAGUAUUCCAAAGCCGAUCUUCACCAGAACACUCAAUUCGUAUUCGGAGGCAAAACGAAUCGAUCUGUGCAGCCGGUUCAGCACAGUACACCGGAUGGCUUGAUGUGGGCCCCGUUCAUCUCUUCUUUUGGUACUUUGAAAGCCAGCAUGACCCCGCCAACGACCCAUUGACCCUGUGGAUGACAGGUGGGCCCGGCGGGUCUAGUAUGGUCGGUCUCUUCGAAGAGGUCGGUCCUUGUCUGGUCAAUGAGCACGGCAAUGGCACCUACUAUAACCCAUGGGGUUGGUCCAAGAAGUCAUCCAUGUUGUUUGUUGAUCAACCUGUCGGUGUUGGUUUCUCCUAUCUCGAUGAAGGCUAUGACCUCCCCGGCGAUUCGGCACAGGCUGCCGUGGAUAUGCACAAGUUUUUGCAACUUUUCAUCUCAGAAGUUUUCCCUCAUCACCUGGAUAGUCCAUUCCAUCUAUCUGGAGAGUCCUUCGCGGGCAAGUACAUCCCGGCCCUUGGCUCUCGAAUUGUGAAGCAGAAUAAGCGAUAUCCUCAUGAAACGCAGAUCCCACUUCGAUCGUGUCUGGUGGGAGACGGGUACAUGUCCCCUAAAGAUGCAGCCUUUGGAUACUGGGAGACUUUGUGUACCACAAAUCCGGGUGUUGCAGAACCAGUGUUCAACAAGACCAGAUGCGAUAUCAUGGCUGCGAACAUGCCUCGCUGCAUGCAAGUCAUGGACACUUGUAUCAACAACCCAGACCCAGCCAUUUGUAAUGCCUCGAUGUCAGUCUGCUACGAAGGCAUCAUCGGAUGGUACGAUGACGAGUCUCAUGCCGGUGGUCGUAACAGAUUUGACAUUACGGCUCCUUGCGAGGUUGAUAACUUCUGCUACAUCGAAGCGGCUCGUGUAGGGGAAUACCUCAAUACUCGAGGUGUCUGGGAUGCACUCUCACCACCUAAACAAAUUGAUCACUUCCUUUUGUACUCGGAAGAGAUUGCGAGAUCAUUUGGCAACACCUCUGAUUUGGAAACUUCUACAUCUGACCAAGUUGCGUAUCUUCUUCAGAACCAGGUCAACUAUCUCGCCUAUCAGGGCAAUCUCGAUCUUGCCUGUAACACCGCGGGAAAUCUUCGUUGGGCGAACUCCCUGGUGUGGAAUGGACAGCCUGAAUUCGCUUCCAAGUCAUUGCAGCCUUGGAAAUCAGUGGUCGCUUCCACUGGCAAGAAUGAAACUGUCGGAACGAUGAAAGAAGUGCGGGUUCGAACGAGCGAUACCGCAGAAACUGAAUCACGAUUUGCAAUCGUGACUGUGGACAAUGCUGGUCAUUUCCUGCCACAAGAUCGUCCCGAUGUUGCUUUGGACAUAAUGACCCGGUGGAUCAGCGGAGUAGAUUUUAUUUAG